AUGCCAGCAUUGUUAAAUGCCUCCGUGGUUCAACUCCUUUCUGGCAUUCCCUUGGAGAACCUUGCUGCUGCCUAUCUUCUGGCUGCGGAAGAUUUUGAACGGGUUGCACAGGGAGUUGUUAAUGAGCUUGGAGCUCAUAUUCCUGCAGACACUUCUCUUGUGGACACUACACCUUUAGAGGCUACUACAGGUCAGGCACUUCCUGCACCAAUCCCCAUUAUGUCAUCCCCAGUGAUCCCUUCUUCAAGUUUUCCAUUAGCCAAGUCAGUAGAAGAUAGAGAGAACCGAUUUACUUUACAGAAAACAACUGUUGAAACCCGUAAAAUGGGGAGGAAGCUGGUCCGGCCUCAUAUUGCUAAGCCUGAAGAACAUCAGGGAAAUUUCGAGAUGUCAGAAACAGAAGGAUUUAACCAUGGUGGGAAGCCCUCAUCAUCCCACAAUAUUGAAAUUCAAGGAAACCUUACUCUACCAAACCAACCAUCUACUCGGAAACGCCCAUCUCCAACCAGUUCAGAGUUACAUGAAGAGUCAUUUGUUCCACAAGAAACCAGCUCAGAUGUGGCAGCACAUUUGCUGAAAAGGUCCAAAGUCUCAGAUUCUACUCAAGAUGGUGUUGAAGGUCCCACUGCUGCUUGUUUGGAAACCCUUGAAAUCCAACCUACCACCUCCGAAUUUUUAGAGGACAUUGGGGAUUCACCACAAUGUUUGAAGGAGGAAGCAAUGCGCGCCGAAAAGAAUGAGAUUGAGUCUGGUAGGGAGCAAUCUGAGGAGCCAAAAGUAGAUAGUAACAAUGAAGUUGAGUUGCAGAAUAGUGAAAAUGAUUGUGAAGAGGAUUUGAAUAAGCCAAGUGAAAGAGUGGCGGUUGAUGAUCAGUCAAGCGGUCAGGCUGAGCAAGACAGCCAGCAGCCAACAACAGAAUCUGGAAGUGAGAGGGAAGAGGGAGAGCUGGUCCCAGAUAUUACUGAUCUUGAAGGUGGUAGCAGUACGCUUAAUAUCUUUGGAGGCCAAGAAGUUGGGGAAUUUCAGCCUGAACAGGUGGUAACUCCUGUGAGUUCCCCUGGGGUUGAUGAGUCUGUGCUUCCUGCAACAAUGGACAUCAUGGGAGUUAAUUCUCCUCAGGCUCUGGAUGAUGAGAAGAAUGAUGAAGGUGAUAUAAUGGAAGAACUUGCUGAGGGUCCAGAUAAGUUUAACGAUGGUAAUGACCAGGUUGCGAUGGAGAUUGAUCAGGUCCCAGAGGCCGCUUUGGGUAGUGGUGAUGGAACAUCAAGUAGUACUGUUGUUGAAGUUGGUGUCUCAAAGCAAGGUAGCCCCAGUGUUGCAUCAGCAAUAGAAGAAGUGAAACAGGUUUCACCAGUUAAGUUGUCUACUACCAUUAAUUUGCAAGAGCGGGCAAAGCAAAGGGCUAUACUAAGACAGGCUGGUGUGGUAUCAUCUUCACUGGGCAGAGGUCGUGGAAGGGCACCUCGUGGUCGUGGAGGGCGAAGUGGGCGCGGUGGGCGGGGACAAACGUCUGGGGAACAGGGUUAG